UUUAAAGAAAGCAAACUGAAAAAACCCAGAAACCCUAUUGACCACUACAUGGGUCAUGAGUAGAAUUGGAAUCUUUAGACUCCCCAGCAUAGACCUCUUGCCACUUGAGCUAACUAACUGUAGCGGUAAUAGGCUGUUGUCCUCUGUGACCUAGCCAGUAGAGAUUGAUGAAAGACAUACUUUCUUAGCCUGUUUCACAGCUGUUUGCUACACAUAAAGAGGAAUGAUGAUUCUCAGGAAUUCUGAGUUCAAUUCAAAGUUCAGGAAGAGAGUGUUGAUCUUUUUAAUAUCCUGUGUUUCCAGUGUCAAAAACCGAGGUGAGGUUGAAUUAAGCUAAUCAUUUACUGUUUCCACGUGUCAGAUGUAGAGAAAGUAACAUUAAUGAAUCGUCAGAGUAAGAGGGUGUUAGGUUAUAAAAUGCUUAUCAGCAAUUUAUCUUUAAGAAUUUAGUUUUAAUCUUAGAUUUUUAUUUUGUCAUUUGACUUUCAACAUAUAGCACUUGUAGUUAAUUUUUGUGGCCCAUAUUCAAGAAACAUUCUUAUCCACAAAAUCACUUAAGCACCUGUUUAAUUUGAGUUCAGACACAAGUGCUUUCAUGAACUGGGUCCUAUAAUUGGAUAUAUACCUUAUAUUGCAAUAGAAAUAUCAUGGAAGCUAGUUAAGUGACAUGGCAUUUUAAUGCACUAGCCUUUAAUUUUUUUAGACAUUAGUUUGAUCACCAGGAAAACCAAUUCUUCAGGGACAGUUUUCCACAUCACUAAACAUAACUUGAAGUCUUCUCAAAACAGAUGAAUACUGGAAUAGCUUGGAUGCACUGUGGUGCUGUCGAAACAACGUGGCCCAUGUAAAAUUUUGUCCAGGAACUGCAUGUGCUUUGUUUGGUUCUAGCCAAUGCUGUUAGUAUCUCUUUCAGUGACACUAAAAUGCACUAAACUAAACAAUCUUAUGCAAUGUCUGGUUAUUACUAUGCCGUCAUUGUUUGAAUGACUGUAGUCAUAGUUUAGGGUUUGGGGUUCAGUUACUAUUUGGAAUAAACUCUUAUUUGUAAAUGUGGGAGAUCUAUAUUUUAUUUUUGUUUUACUUAGAUUGUAUUUUACUGUAAUCUGCUGUUGCUUCUGCUUGGUUCUGUAGUGAAGUACCAUAGGAUCUCAGCUACCCGAACACUAGAAUUAUUCAUAUAAUUGGGAGUCAAUUUAAAGAAAAAUACUGUAACAAAAUGUUCAAUAAAGGCUCCUGUUCUCCAUCAUUUGCUGAAACCAUUCAUGGUUUAUUUUUUAUUUGGCCUCAGCAGCACUUUGCAUUGAUAUGCAAAGUCUUAAAGUUUUCUUUUAUACUUCUGUAGUGUCUGUAAUUGUGAACACACAUCUCCUUCCCUCAUACAGCCAGAACUAUCACACUCUUCUUGUUUCCAGAUCUGUCCGUUAUUGCCAAAAUCUCCUGCAUGGCUUUUCAACAAGAAUUAAUAAAUACAAAGGAAUAAGUGCCUUAUAAUUGGCUGGACACAGUUUUACAGCAGUGGUCUCACCAGUGCCAACUACGGAGAGUCACUGCUUCCCAGAAUAGAGACCCCCAUCCUGAUCCGAAAGGACAAAACAGAUGAGUUAUGAAAGCAGUAAUACUUGUUCAAUAAACACAAGUCUAUUACUAGCAAACCCGAUAAAAAUUCUGCAAAACUUGUAUUAGUCCCGUGUCUACACACACACUGAUGGAGGUUGGAAGAAUUCUGCUUUUUAGACAUGGUGUUCUGUCCUCUCUGAUUCCUACCAGCUCUGGGUACAGUCUUUCUGACAACUGCUAUGGAGAAGAUAGAAGAACAGUUUGCUAAUCUGCGCAUAGCAAAACGUUGUGCACUAACUGAAGACUCCACUUACUUACUGGAUAUAGAUGUUUCAAAAUCUGUUCAAGCAGAAAGUAACCACUUAGUUGCUGUUUCAUGUUCCAAUAAGUCAAUUAAAGUAUAUAGUAGAGAAACAUUACACUUGCUAAGGGAGUAUAGUGGCCAUCCUGGGUUACUUAAUGGAGUCAGAUUUGCUCAUACAAGUGAGAAUAUGUUGUUUUCAGCAUGCAGUGAUGGCACAAUAAAAUGUUGGGAUACUCGCUUAGCUACUCAGGAAACUAUACAAUUAUUCAGUGGUUAUCCUUCAAAUGUUUUCAUCAGCUUUGAUAUUAAUUGCAGUGAUCUUAUAGUUUGCGCUGGGACAGAAAAAGUUGAAGAGGACACAUUCAUGGUGUUUUGGGAUGCAAGAAGUAAUACAAACUAUGCAUGCGCAGCUAAAGAGCCCUUAGGAACCUAUUCAGAGACUCACAAUGAUGAUAUCACUAAAAUAUGUUUCCAUCCUAUGAAACCCAAUUUGGUAGCGUCUGGAUCAACUGAUGGAUUGGUUAAUGUGUUUGAUAUUAACAAGGAAAAUGAAGAUGAUGCUUUGAUUGCAACUUGUAAUUCAAAUUCAUCAGUAAGUUUUAUUGGUUGGUCUGGGAAAGAUUAUAAACAGGUAUAUUGCAUGACACAUACGGAAGGAUUUUGUUGGUGGGAUCUUACUCAAAUAGAUACUGAGGAACCAAUGACAUUGUUGCAGAUUCAGGAUGUCAGAGAAGUAGUCUUCAUUGAAAAUAGCAACUUAAACUAUCUGAUAGGUGGCUUGUACCAUGAAAAGGCAGACAAAUUGUUUAUUGUUGGUGGAACAGCUAUGGGAAACAUUCACCUAAUAAACUGUGGCAUUGAUGGACUGAGCCUUGUGGGCACCCUUCAUGGAGGACAUUCUGCUGCAGUUCGCUCAUUCUACUGGAACAUGACAGAUGAUUCUUUGUUGACUGGUGGAGAGGAUGCACAGCUGUUGCUAUGGAAACCUGGAGCUGUGGAAAGGUCCCUUGUAAAGAAGGCAUCUAUGAAAAUUGCUUCCUCUGUUCAGCAGCGAGUGAGAAUUCACAGCAACUCUCUCAAAAGCAAGAAAAAGUAAAAUUAUGAAAAUGGGACUCUUAAAUUUGUAGAAUUUUUCACUGUUCUGAGCAAUAUAUUUGGGGUGAUGAUUUGUUUGCACUAUGUGGCAAAUAUAAUUUAGUAUGUAAAUUUUACCUAGAAAUGAUCCUCAUUUUAUCAUGUGAAUAACUUUUUUUUUUUAAAGCAACUGAUACUUAUUAAAAGGGUAAACAUUUACUUUGUAUUCAUUGAACAAAGUGUGUCUUAAAAUAUUGUAUAUUUUUAUAUCAAAAUGAUUAUUUCAAAUAAAAAAUAUUGGCACAGAGAUCUUGGAUUAGAAUAAAAGCCUGCAACUUGUAUACUUCAUUUCACUGUGGGCAGUAAUAUAUUUUGGACAUUUAAAAGAUUUCAGAUUUGUAGCCAUCUUUUUCUUACUUGCCUUACAGAUAAUUUAAUGAAUGAAAUUGCUAAAUAUAUUAAGGACUUAGUGCUACUUACUAAUUCUUAGAGGAAGUACUUAUUGAUGAAAUAGAGAAAGGGUAUUGUUUUGCACUAUUCUCACUAUUUAAUGACAAGUAUAUAAACAGUAGUUCACAGAACACACUUUAUAGCAGGUGUGUGUGUUUGUUCUAGAAAACAGUAAUACUUACUAUAUCCGAAGUACCUGUAGCCUUUUUUAUGCUUAUGAAAAGUAUUUUAAUUGACAAUAUUUGGGUGUUUUGAUUAGAAAAAAAAUCUCCAAUCUAAUGAAAAUUGCAAGCUAUCUCAUGCCCUCCUGGCAAUAUAUCUCAAUACUGACCUGGAAGCACUACCUAUAAAGACUGAGGAGGUAGGUCAGUCUCAGUGGGUCAUAGGAAUCGAUGCACACGAUCUCCCCAAUGCUCCAUCUAGUCCACUACCUGUUUUUCACGUGCCAUCCCACGUGCCUCAUAGGAAGAUACAGAAAAACUUUCAGAAUAUAGUUAUGGAAUAACCUGCCUAUAGAGAGUUUCUUUUUAACCCCCUUUAGCUUUUGCCCUGCAAUAUAUGAACAGUAAGUAACUAGGCUCUUUACAGCACAAAUACUACUCUCUGUGGACACCUCUCUAGGAGCAAUGAGAUUUCAGUAAUCUCACCAAACAGCUGUUGGAUGGUGUAAAAAUUACCUUGUACCUGCUAAGUUGUUGAUUGUCUCAUUCUGCUCCAUUGGUACAUUUUAACCUCUGUGCCUCUGACUCAGUACUCUGAAAGUUGCCUUUAUCAUAUUCUGCCCUCCCUAAGGUUGUAGUAACAUUCAUAUCAAAUGUAUCAGUCAGUAAUUGCCUUAGAUUUAACAGAUAAGGACUAUGCUUCAGUGAAGCUUAAACAAAUGUAAGAAUUGGUUUUUUACAGAAUAGAGAGAGCAUGGAAAUCAAAAGGAUUGUAAAUUUAAUACACACACAAGUACUUUGAAGAUAUUUAAAGACUGCAUCUAAACUUGAAAAUACCCUGUAGUUUGAAGUA